CUGGGGAGGCCGCGCCGGUUCGGCCCCGGCUGCGUCCCGUUCGGGGCUGAGGAACCGGGCGGUCCCGGUGUCCGGCGGCGGGUUCUGACCUUCCCUGUCACCCCUGGCAGCUUCCCCCGGCCCGCCGCGGGAGUUUCGGGAGCCAUGGAGCGGCACGUCCCCAUCCACCCGCUGCCCCAGGAGAUCCGGAAGAUGUCCCGGGAUGAGACAGUGUGCAAGUACUGUGGAGUCAGCUAUUUGAUCCUUCAUGAAUUUAAGGUGAUGGAAGAAAAAGUAAAAGCAAUGGAGAAGGAGCUGAAGUUUUAUGAAGGAAGCAUAGAACGGGAAAAAGGGCUCCAAGCAGAACUGCAGGCUCUGUACCAGGACCUGGAGCACUACAGAGCUGACAGUCAAUCAAAAGCAGAAAGGAUAAAGUCCCUAACCCUGGAGCUGCAAACCAAACAAGAUGAAUUCAAAACUGUGAAAGAAGAUUUGAGGUAUUUUCAGGAAGAGAAGGAAGCUGCCUGCAAGCAAUCCCAAGUGCUCAGGAAUACCUUGGAACACCACUGCUCAACUCUGAACAAGGCUGUCUCACUCUUCCCUUUCAUCAGGGGUGAGCUGGACAGCAUUAAAGAAGCCAUCUCCUCUAACCUGGAGAACUGGGCUGCCCUCAAGGAGGAAAUCUUCCUGCAAAUCAAAACUGUCAGCAAAGAAGCUUUGACAGAAAUACCCAAAUUGAAUCAAAGACUAGCAAAAUCCCAGAGAGAGAAUGAGUGCCUGCAGGAUAAGAUAAAACACCUGACACUGGUGGCUGACUCAGUUGAGCUGAAAACUCAGCAGCUUCAGACUUCACUUCAGCAAGGGAGUGAGCUACAGAGCAGGUGCCGGGAGCUCCAGAAGGAAACCCUAGAUUUAACAAACCAAGUGGAGACGAUCGGGCUGAAGCUGCAGAAGGUGACAGCAGAGAUGGAUCACUACAAGAAGCUGCUGGUGGUGAAAUCAACUGAACUUGAUGCCUGUCAAAAUGAGCUGAAAAAAAUGAAAUAUGACAAUGGAGUUACUGAGUCAAGACUUAUGAAAGAGCUGAAGGAAAAGGAGGAAUCUCUUCAGAUUUGCCAGCAAGUCUGCAAACAUUUGCAGGAAGAAAUGGCUGAGAAAGAAAGGAAAGAAGAAGAUCUAAAAAGAAGAACUGGUCGCUCAGAAAGUGAACUGGAAGCACUUAAAGUUCUUCUUCGAGAAGCUGAGGAAGAGGUGGUGAUGCUGAAGCAAGAAAGGGAGUUAAUGCUGAUUUCUCAUCAGAACAGAACAGAGCAGCUGCAGGAAUCCUUACGGCAGAAGAUGCGGGAUGAAGAUAACUGGAGGGAAAAGAUGGAAAUCGAUCUGGCUAAAGGAGAAGCACGACACAAAGAAGCAAUCCUUAAAGUCAAGGAGGAGGCCAGAGUGGAACUGGACACUGAGAGGCAAAAGCAGCAAGAAUUAAUCACAAAAUACCAGAGAGACCACGAGGAGCUCCAGAAGAAGAUACCAGGAUUAAUAUCCAGUGCCACCAAUAGCUUAAGGAUGGAGACAGAGAUUCUGGAGAAGAAGCUCCAAGAUGCUCAGCUCAAACUUGCAGAGAAAGAUGAAGACAAGGAAAAAGAAAUUCAGAGUCUUAAAAGACUGAUUACAGAACUUGAAUUUCAGCUGACGAUGGAAAAGAACAAUAAUGAAUCAUUUCGGGAUAAUGUGAGGAAAGAAAUCAAGCACAAGUCAGAUGAACUGGAAAAAUUAACCCAGGAGAGGACUCAGCUGCUUCACAAGUUGAGUCAAGUUCAAGAGGAGAACACCCUUCUCCAGGAAACCGUACGCAGGGAGUGCGAGGAACGCUACGAGCUGACCGCAGCUCUGAGCCGAGCCAGGGAACAAGUGCUGGAACUGAAAAAGCUGAGUGGAAACUUCCCUUUAUCCGCCUCAUCCCUGCCUCGGGGCACCUUCACCUCCUCCGCACCCCGCCUGCCUGACCACGGGCAGAAAAGCCGGCCCAGCCCCUCUGCCGGCAGGGAAAUCCAUCUCUCGGGACAGCUUGGGACAUCCCGAGGGACACGGGCAGGCAGUGGCAGGGUGGCCCUGCCAGCCCUCAGCCCCCCGGCUCCAUCCCGGGGCAGAGCGGCUUCGCUGACCGAGCCCCGGGGCAGCAUCGCUGCGGGAGUCAGGAGGCAGCUGAGCCAACUCUGAGAGCCAGGGGAACACCCGGGGACCCAGCCCAGGGGGCAAGGGGCAGGCAGCCCCCCAACCCCCAGCCCCGUGUUGCUACAGCUCCAAAUUCAGUCAGCUUGGUGUGGUUUUGGUGCAAUGAUGUCUCCUCGUCCCUUGUGUCUCGGUGUCGUGACAGCUGCCUGCCUUUCCCACAGGAAAAGUGGGAGAAAUAGAAACCAAGAGGAGCACAGCUUCAGCAGGUGUGAUCCAAACACCUGCCAACUGCAGACCCCCUCUCCCCCACCCCUUUUGUUGGAAUUGUCCUGUUUGGGUGUUGUUGGGGUUUUUGUGUGUUUUCCCCUGUACGUAAUUGCUCUUUUCUGGUGUGAAAACUGCAGCCUUUGCUCAGUUAAGGUUUUUUGCCACUAUUUAAUGUUCUGUUGGCAAACUCUGCUGCUUAGGGCAGUGAGACUCUCUGCUUGUGGGGUGUACAUCAGCCAGCAUGACCCUGGGGCAGCCCUGCAUGCCCAGCAGCCCAGCCCUUGGCAGGGCCACCCCUUCCUCUGCCCAUCACCUGCAGGCUUCACAGGUUUUGUCCCAAAGCUCUCUUGCUUCCUGAAUUUCACCAAAAAAAGUGUCUUUGUGUUGUGUGACUUUUAGUGCCAGAGUUCUCUGUCAAAUUGUUACCCAGGAGGAUUGAUAUUUUUAUUUUCCUGCCAAAACUGUGGAGCUGUGGGGUUGUUGAGGGGCAGGAAAAGUCCUGAGAAGUCCUGGUGAUCCUUGGCAGCACUGGGGCUGCUCCUGGGAUGAGAUGGAGCUGUUCCUGGAAUGAGAUGGAGCUGUUCCUGGGAUAAGAUGGAGCUGUUCCUGGGGUAAAGUGGGACUGUUCCUGGGAUAAGGUGGAGCUGUUCCUGGGAUAAGGUGGAGCUGUUCCUGGGAUGAGGUGGGGCUGUUCCUGGGAUGAGGUGGGGCUGUUCCUGGGAUGAGAUGGAGCUGUUCCUGGGAUAAGAUGGAGCUUUUUCCUGGGAUAAGGGGCUCUGCUCCUGGGCAUUGUGUCUGUGGGUAGCAGCCCUGUCCCCCUGUGCCAAAGCAGCAGAUUUUUCAGGCAGUUCUCAGCACGAUGGGGUCAGAGCUCCAGUAACUAGAUUUUUCCAUCAAAUUUUUAGAUGAGCUUCAGUAGCAUUGCAGCUUUUAGUUGUGUUUCAACUGAAGUUGAAAAAAUUCAGUUGUAUGACAGUUUUGGGUUGUAUUUUUGCAGCCUGGUGAGAUUUUUUUCUUUUUAAACUGGUGUAAAUGUACUGAAUGCCAUUGCCUGGCCACCACUCUGGUGUUUAUGUCCUGUAGCAGCUGUGGUAGUCAAGGGUGACUGUGUGGUCAUUAAUUGUAAAGAAAGAAAUAGCAUUUAAAAAAAAAAAAAAAAACCAAACCAAACAACCAUGAGAGCAGCCCCAGAAAUAUUGUUUCUCUGUGAUGGAACAUAAAUCAUGGAUCCCAACCAAGAACAAAUUCAGAUCCAGGUCAAGAACAAAUAAUUCCCUUCCCUCACACAAGCCCUGAACUCAGCCUGCUGCUAAGCAAUAGGCAAAAUAGAGAAAUGUCAGGAAACCUUUUCAAAACAAUUGCAUUAAUUUCAGACAGCCCAGGAGAGCUGUCAGAGCAUGGAACACAGCAGCAGAAAGCACCCUGGGGAGGGCAGAUGCCUGCUUGUCUCACCACAUUUGCAGGAAAUUCACCUUCCUGGAGGCAUCUCUCCCAGCAGGGGCAGCUGGAAGUGAGUUCUUCAUGUGCUGGACCUUGCUCCCCAGGACUCACAGCACCAGGGAACACUGAAAAACAAAUAAAAUCUCUGAGCUUGGCACCAGCACUGUGGGGCUGGGCACUCAGCCACCCUCUUGCCACUCCAGCUGACAAGCAAACGUCCCGUGGCUGCCUUGUUCUUCUCCCCUGCCAAGACUUCUGUUUCCUCUCUGACAGAGCUCAUCUUGUUGCCUGCUGAGGGACAAGUCACUCGUGCAGCCCUAAAUCUUUCCAUAGAGGAUUAAUCCCACUCUCAAUCCCCCUCUCCAAGGGGUGUGGGGGGGUAACCCACGCUCCCCCUUCCCUGCUGCCCUCCCUGGAGCAGUCCCCCCUUUUCCAGCCCUCUCUGCCUCCUCAGGGGUCACCCCACUAACAGCUGCCCCAGAUUUCUGUGCUCCCCACAGUGCCCAAAGACUCCAAAUCCAGGGAUUCUCUCUCUGUGCCCCCUUUGGCAGGGGAUGGAGCUUUUCCUUGCUGUGUGUCUGGGGGUGCCUGCCAGCUGCAUCCUGGCUCUAAGUGCUCACCAGAGGUAGCCAACUUCUACUGCUAAUGGGAUGUUACAGAAUAAAGCAGCAAUGUGCCUCAUCUAUUAAAAAAUGACAAAAAGCUGCCAGAUGAGCUGGGGUGUGUGUGUGUGUGUGUGUGUUCCAGGAUCCCAGCCUCAGGCUUUUUCCAGCAAGGAAGAAAUUAGACUUCCGAAAAGAAAA